CCGAGCUACAGUGUUGAACAGUGUUGACUGAUGAGUGCAGUGUGGUGGAGUCCGUCAGGCUUUUCUAUAACAUUCAUAUAUUUGUAACUUUUCUUCUUCGGGGGUUUUUUGUGGAACAUAUUCACAGGAGAGGAAGCGUGACGCGCGGGGUGAAGAUGUCUGUGGCCGGGCUGAAGAAACAGUUCCACAAAGCCAGUCAGCUCCUCAGUGAAAAGAUCAGCGGGGCCGAGGGCACGAAGCUGGAUGAAGACUUCAUGGAGAUGGAGAGGAAAAUCGAGGUCACCAACAAGUCCGUGUUUGAUCUCUUGUCCAAAACAACAGAAUACCUCCAGCCCAACCCAGCCUCCCGGGCCAAACUGAACAUGCUGAACACCGUAUCUAAGAUCCGCGGGCAGGUGAAGACCACGGGCUACCCUCAAACAGAAGGCCUGCUGGGAGACUGCAUGCUGCGCUACGGUCAUGAACUGGGACAGGAGUCCGUCUUUGGCGGCUCUCUGGUGGACAUGGGUGAGGCCAUGAGGCAGAUGGCAGAUGUGAAGGACUCCCUGGACAUAAACGUCAAACAGAACUUCAUCGACCCCUUGCAGCAUUUACAGGACAAGGACCUCAAAGAGAUCACGCAUCAUCUUAAGAAGUUGGAGGGCCGCAGGUUAGACUUUGACUAUAAGAAAAAGCGUCAGGGGAAGAUCCCAGACGAGGAGAUCCAACAGGCCGUGGAGAAGUUUGAGGAGAGCAAAGAGCUGGCAGAGCGGAGCAUGUUCAACUUCCUGGAGAAUGAUGUGGAGCAGGUGAGCCAGCUGUCAGCAUUGAUUGAGGCAGCAGUAGAUUAUCACCGGCAGUCGUGUGAAAUCCUGGAGGAGCUCAGUGGAAAGCUGCACAAGAGGAUGUCCACAGCCAGCAGCCGGCCCAAGCGAGAGUUCAAAUCAAAAUCCAUCAGGAGCAGGAUCGAGACCUUGGACAACAGUCAGCACAACGGCCUGUCCUACAGCUCCUCGCUUAAAUCCACCGAUAUCCAGAUCAACAACACAGUCAACGGAAAAACUGAUCAUAUAACCUCUGCUUCACUGUCAUGGCCUGAGAGCCCCUCCACCAAUGGCAAUAUUCACCAGUCUGAUGUGCUGGACCAGCCAUGCUGUCGCUCCCUCUACGACUUUGAACCCCAGAACGAGGGCGAGCUGGGCUUCAAGGAGGGUGACAUCAUAAUCCUCACCAACCGAAUAGACGAGAACUGGUAUGAAGGAAUGAUCAACGGCGAGUCCGGCUUUUUCCCCGUCAACUACGUGGAGGUUAUAGUUCCGCUGCCACAGUGAAGAUGGACCCGGAGUCCUCUGCAGACUCCCUCCUGCCCUGUCACACCCAGCCUCCGUCCUCAGCUCUACUCGGGCCAGCACAGGGGGGCCAGCACAGGGGGGCCAGCACAGCCCGAGCUGAUGAUGUUCAAACUGAGCUAGAGAAGUACAGUAGUGGUUUUGUCUCAAGCUGACUUAAGAUCAAUUAUCGUUGAUUAGAUUGUUUUCGUUUUGUUUUUGUUCAUAUUUACGAGCCUAAAGCCAAUUGAAACCCAAGCCAUUAAGUGGGACAGAACUCCCGAUUGGUCUGACUGAAAAAGUCUAGCCUUAUCAAACCUUGUAAUCCAUCCUUCCAGUCCCUCAGGUGACCCUGCUCGAUGUUGAUGCUGAUCCAAGUUUAUCCUUUUUGAGCGUUCUGUCAGUUUCUGCCCCCGUUACCACAAGUGAAGGCUCCUCAGCUCAGCUCUCAGUAAACUGGUGGAUAUCAGGACUGCUUUAAUUACAACAAAAUGAUAAUGUCACAUUUCAUACAAUCCAUGCAGUUUGAAAUCCCAUUGCAUUCUACCAUAGAUACCCCCAAAGAGUGAUUCUCGUGUCAUCACAACUGCAAAGGGGUUAGCCUGAAGUGCUAAGAGUAACCCCAGGUAUCACGCCAUGCAGAUCCUUUAAAGGCUUUAUAUGUGAUUUUUCACACUUAAAUAUAAUAUAAAUCAAGUAUAUCCUCUGAAAAUAACUCUGUGAGUCAUGACUGUCUACAAUGGGUGUAACACCCGAGUCCCACUGUCUGUGAUGUUUUCAGAGUUUUCAGAGUCCUAUCUUCAGUUUGUUUACAUCGCCCGGACGGCCGGCUGACUCCUCCCCUCGUGUAUAAAAGUUGUUUAAUUGAGGGACUAGAGAAAAGAAGAAUAACAUACUGUACUCACUGCUUAACUGUGUUUCUAGAUCACGCUCAUUUCAGGUAAAUUUACAUGCAGUGUGAAGAUACGAGCAUAAUAAAGAUCGCUAGCAUUAGCAUGCUAACACAACAAUGCAGCGCCAGUUGUUUUGUUUUCAUGCUGGUGCUCAAGGGCGACAUCUGCUGGAUCAAAAAAUUGCAUAUAAAGCCUUUAAGUUUUAUAUGGCCGAGUUUGAGAUGUUGUAAAAAACAGACGAUGCCUUGAGAAGGUCUUAGAUCUGCUUCAGUCCACUGAAUCUGAAAGCCUUUUUUAUGUUCUCUUGUUUUAUUCACAAACAAGCCUCGUUGUUUGUUUAUGAUGCUCUCUGAUUCCUGCAGGUGGAGUCUAGCCAAAGUCAAAGGGUCACUCAAGUUUACUAUAGCUGUGUACUUGGCUUCCUAGUUUUGGCCUUCAGUUCUUUUUAGAAUUAUAAUGCACUGACACAGUGUCCAGAAACACCCAAACAACAACAGAACGGGUCACAAAGCUGCAAACCUGCAAUUUUUAUAUCAACAAUUUAUGACAAAUGACUGCUGGUCAGCCUGAUAAUUUAUUGUUUUGAUUCUUUUCUUUCUUGAUUUGCCGUGAAAAAAACCUCAGACUCCAUGUGCACUGCCUGCUCAGCACAACAGAGGAGACAGACUCCCCGAGAGACACGAGCAUUGUAACAUCACUUAACCUUUUUAAGGAUAAGGAGGGCAGACAGUACACUGCUCCCUUUCUAUGACGCAAAUGUUAGCUAACAUUUCAUAUGCCUUGUGUUUUUCCCCUCAUGAAUUCUGAGUGGAAACACAAAAACUGAUGAACGCUGCUCUGAUACGAAAGCAGCCAAACGAUUUGGAAUAGAAAUCGGCGGCAAACGUAAGACCUUUUCAGAUUGUGAUUUCGCGACACUGCCAUCCGCCGUCUUUCCGUCUUUGUACUUUCUUAUCGAUUCUGCAACAGAGUAAUGUUGGUGUCUUAGUCUGUGAUUUCAUGUUGAAAUCUUGCAGAAAACAGGACGAGCUCUAAAUCUUUUGGCGUCACUCCAGGCGAGGUAUUCCACUGCUCAAGUGAAAUGACCGCUGAUAUCAAUCAAUCAUUGUUUGUAGGGCGCCAAAUCAAAAUCAAGACGCUUCGCAAAAGAGCACAUGGGAUAAGAUGCAGGCAGGAUUUCUCCUUUGUGUUCCUCACGUUCCUGUUGUCCACACGUCCUCGCCGCUGAGGUGGAGGUCGGAGCAGGCCGUGCAUGAAUGAGGACGGUGUGGUUGUAUUUCCUGUCUUAAAAAACUGUUCAUAGUCAAGAUUUUAACUGUCAUGUGCAGAUCUUCUUCACAGUUUUCUUGUGAAGUCAAAGAUGUUUAGCAACCAUUACUUCAGCUUUCCCUUCAAAAUGACUUCAUUAGGGAAUAUGGCGAUGUUGUAGUCCGCCUUUUUUUCUGACUGCUUAGUUUCUUGCCCUGUUGGAAUCAUGUCGCCGUGUUCCUAUAACUCACUCAUUUCUCUGGGGAGCACAAUGUUGUCUUAAAAGAUAAGAAUGAAAAUAACACCCGCUUUGUUAUGAACCAGAAUCAUCUUUCUUAAAUGUGAAAUCAAACUUUGAAUCAGCGCUCCUACCUUCAUUCCAUGCUCAUUUAUAUGGCACAUCCUUUUUUUUUAUGUGAAUGUUUAAAGCAGUAGCUCCUGGGCAGUGAUUACACCCAACUCAGAGUCACAGUCACUGAUGUGUGGAAGACAGCAGUGAAAGAAGUCUGCCUCUUGUGUCGUCAUUUUCUUUCUCCUUCCUAAACCUACGUUUGCCUGUUUGCCUGCUGUGCCCAGAACACAUGUUGUCAUAACUGUGAUCUCCGUCUCUGUGAAUGUCCUCUUAUCUCGCUGUUGUUUACAAGCUCUGAAUGUGACACACUGUAUGAAAUCGCUUUUUGAAAUGUUUGUCUGUACUGCACUGAAUCUUUUAGAAAACUACCUACCACACACAUUUAUCGACACGCACCUUUUCUGUCGAAUGUUUUUUGUUUUCCUGACUUUUCUUCAGAGUUGCACUUUUUUUAUUCACAGUGGGGUUGGAAUCACUACCGUGUCAGAUGUAUACAUGAAGUCAAAAUGGUAGUAGAUAAGAUAUAUAUAACCUCUGGUGUUUUGAAUUCUGAAUUAAUUUGAAAUGUAUUUUGUUUUUAUAAGAGUCGGUUCGUCACAUAAAUUCAGACAUGAGCUUGGUGAAAAAGAUGAUUGUAUUGAUUGAUAAGUAUCAGUGUCUUCUUUUCUAAUUAAGAAGCUCCAUCACACACAGAGUUUAUAAAACAUCCCAGUAGCCCUCACUGGUCAGUUCUCCUGAUGGUUGAUGGAGGAUAUUUACUGAAAUGACACCAGACAAGAAGCCUUUGUUUACCUCAAAAUGCAUCUCCUGUUUUAUACUUUUAUUUAAUCCUAUUUUAACAAAAGCCCGUCCGGAUUUCUGAUUCCUCCUCUUUUAAUUUUCUGUUAAAGAAAUGACACGUUUUACAUUUUUCCUGUUUUGUGGGUUAAUCCAGCGUAAUCUGCUUUUCCACAGCACUAGAUCUGUCUGUAUUCACCAGAGAUUGUACAGUGACGUUUUCCUGCUGCUCAAAAAAAGGGCAAAAUGUUUCAAAACGGGAAGAGGUAGAACAAUAUUGUUGUAUUUUUUUAGAACUGAAAGAAAGAAAAAAUUUGAAACAAUUCAAACUGGCUCAUACCGUUCUUAAAUUAAUUUCAGAGGUUCCACUGAUUCUGUAUUAAUUUGGAUAAUUCUAAGAAUUGUUUUGUGAGAAUUCAGAUUCAACAAAAAAAAUCUUGAUACUCAAAAAAGGGAAAAGCAGAAAACAGGGGUUAAUUGGUUAAACAUUGAUGGAGGUUCUGCUGUGGAAAUGUACAUUAUACUGACUUUGCAAUGUUAGCUAUCAGUGUAGAAGUCUUUCUAUCCAAAAUCUGAUAAAUAAGUGAUUAUCGUUUGUGUUGUUUACUCGAACUGACUUCAUAUUUGAGAAAUGACAGAAACAACAACUCCAAAAAAAAGAAGAUUACUGUGUCCGCUUGAUGUAAUCCAGGACCUGGGCGUCCGUGCAGAUAUGUACUUCAUAGAUCACAGUAGUUUAAUCUUAUAUGGAUGUGUGGACCAAUUUUACUAUCUAUACUGUACAAUAGACAGAAAAAAACAGAUAUUGGUAACUUACUGUUAGCUUGCAAAUGCCUUGACUUUCAAGAUGCUGCAUGGUGAUUUUUUUUUUCUGUAAAGAUUGUUAUAAUGGUUUUUUGAUACUGGGGAGCUGUUAGUGCAGGGUGCUAUCUUCAACACAAUCACAAAAAAAAAUGUUUAUCAGCCUGCAUCCAACCUCCAGGGCGCAGCUGGGACUCUAUAAAUACAAUUAUCAUGAACCAAUAGGAACAAGAUGUACCAAACCAUAGCAUUUGAGCACAAACAAAUUGAAUUGAUGGCAAAAUUAGCCUUUCAGCUUUUUUAUUUUGGUAGCGGUCAGCUCCACACUAUAAACGACUUCCUCUUUGAAACACUAAAUGAAGAUCUCUGUCGACACUGGUCCUCUGUUUGUCUCUCUGUUGAAUUCAGUUUCAAACAAUUUUAGGCUGUGAAGAAACUGGCUUCACAUUUAUCUGUUUUUAUUUCAGUAGCAUUAUUUAUGCAAACAGUGUAUUUAAGAUGUUGUAAAUGAUUAUAUGAAUAAAUAUAUUGCAUAAAUAAAAGAGACAAUGUUGAGCCUUUA